CCACGACAUGUGUUUCUAGUCAAGAAGGUGUGGGUUUCGCUGCACGAUAACCAACUCUAAUCUCCUUCGUAAACAUUGUGCAAUUAUAGCCUUUGGGACAAAUACUGUACAUAUAUUCAUUCGUGCACCUUAUCCUCCAACUUUCUUCAUCCUACAUCAUCUUCUUAUCUGAGACGUUGCCAUCGUCUAUCAUACCAAUCCUUCUGCUUUCCCCUGACAUUCGCAUUCCUUCCAUCUCCACAUCAACCAUCGGCGACGCAGCGCAUUAUAUCAACUUGAUUGAAGCCGGUCUUCUUUCAACCAUCAUCUCAUCAUCGAUCUAAAGCCAGAGCAAUGUCUUCCACAGCUCCCGAAAAAUCUCAACUCAUUCAAACCUACAUGAUUCUGCACUCUCAGCAGACCAAUGUUCGCCGUCGGCUAUCGAUCGACUCAAACUGCUCAAGCUCGUCCAGCAGUCCCUCGAGUAGCUCGCCUUCAGCAUCUGCAUCUCCUUCCUCAUCCUUCGCAUCGCCCUCACCCGCAUUCUCGUUCUCAACGAAACAAACUCCACCCUCUGGCAUGAGGAGACACUCUCGAUCAUCCUCGCUGGGCUCUCGCCGAAGCUCGCUUUCACCACCAACGUCACCAAACAGGACGAGCAUCACAUCUAUUCCAGAAGAACCCUCAGCACCACCACCAUUGACCAUUGAUGAGGUCAAGCUUGCCGACAUCUCCUCCCGAAUCAAGAAUACUCUUACCGACUUGAUAAAUUGUGACGCUGUCAAGAACGACCCUAGAAUGAGAUCAUGGGUCGCAACACGAUUGAUGGACGUCGAGCAUGAGCUCAAGGAACAAAAAAGACGACGACACAGCUCUCACGCAGAGGAUGCAGAGCUCAUUGCAUCGAAUCUCCGUGUGUAAGGUGGUCAGGCGAUGCCACCAUGUUUCGGAACUUUUCCUUGGUCUGUAAAAUGUUCUGGAUAUGCUCGGCCAUGCUCCAAGAACUAUGAGAACACGAACAUUUACGACAGAUUUGUGAUUUUAUUGUACAGCAGGCGCUUGAGGCGUUUGAUCCACGACAGUAUAUACCCCCCUAGCAGCGCGCAUAUUUCUUAUUGUAUCAGUAU